UUUUCAAAUAUCCGAAAACUCCCCUAACCCACAAUGCUAAUCUCACAAGCUUCAACAAUGGCGGUCAUGGCGGUGAUGGUGGCGGUGGUGUUGCAGUCGCUAAUGCUGGUUAUGGCUGCAGAUUUUGAUGCCGCCGCCACCGUCAACACAAACAGGGUUUACCAGCCCUGCACCGAUACCAAGAUUCAGAGGCUCGACGGCUUCACAUUCGGGAUUGCUUUUUCUUCCAAAAACUCCUUCUUCUUCGACCAUUCCCAUCAGCUCUCUCCUUGCGAUGUAAGGCUCUCCCUUGCUUCCCUCAAUUCCCAGUUCGCUCUUUUCAGACCCAAAGUUGACGAGCUCUCCCUCCUCACCAUCAAUACCACUGAUUUCUACCCAGAUUCAUAUGGUGGAUACAUGGUUGCAUUUGCUGGAAGAAAGUAUGCGGCAAGAUCUCUCCCUGCCUUUGUUGCAAACACUACGUAUAUAGUCACCAGUUUUACCCUGGUACUGGAGUUUCAGAAGGGUAGGCUUCAGAAUUUGUAUUGGAAGAGAGAUGGAUGUGCUUCAUGCUCUGGAAAAUCUAAUUUUGUCUGCCUUAACAAACAAGAUUGUGCCAUCAAAACAUCAAGCUGUAAAAACCGUGGAGGCUCCGGUGAUUGUAGUAUCAGUAUACAGCUUGCUUUUUCCGGCACUGACAGGCAUCUUUCUGUUCUCAAUUCAUGGUAUGAGGUGUCAAAUCUCCGGCAGUAUUCGCUUUACGCCUUGUACUCGAACCUUAAGGAUUCUCUUACCAGCCAGUACAAUAGUUUCUUUUAAUUAUUUGAUGAUGAUUGUCAUAUUUUUUGUCAUGUUGGAAUUUGACUUGUUUGAUUGAUUUAAAUCAUUUUUACCAAAUGCAAUUGGAUGAAAAGCAGUGCCGUGAUUCAGUUCUUGGUUUU